UUCUGGAGUCCUAUAACCAAGUCCUCACAUCAGCAACGAGAGGGGGGAAAAGGAAAUAAACAUAAAAAUUAGGGCUUAAGAUUAGAUCUCACCUGAGAAAUUCGCCGGAAAAUGACACCCGGCGUCCUCCGACCGGUCUCCGACGAGCAGAACCUCGAGAAGCAUCUCGAGAGGCAAAUGGGAUGCAUGGCUGGAUUCUUUCAGAUCUUCGAUCGCCAUCAGCUUAUCUCUGGAAAAAGAAUCUACGGCCCAAAACGAAUCCCCUCAUUUCCUGCCACUGGAUCGACCUCUCCAUCGGAAAGAUCCGAUCUUUCUGCCAUAGAGGCAUCAGGCAUGUUCCCAUCCUCGCCGGAGAACUUGUCGGAGGCGCCUCCGGCGAAGUCCACCAUUCCUCUUCCAGUGUUCGAUUUCAAAGAGGGGAUGAAGAGCUCGUGGAAGCUUCGAGAAGCUCCGAGGCUCUCCCUCGACAGCCGAGGCCUCCGUCCACGAGAUAUCCGCACAACUCCGGCGAUAUAUUCAUCGAACCAGUCGGAUCCCGCUGAUGCCGAUUACGACAAGAAUCGCCGCUCUCCGAGCGUCGUCGCAAGGCUCAUGGGCCUCGAAGCUCUCCCUGAUUCCAACGCCGACGGUGAAUCGAUCAAGAAGGCGGAGCUCCGGCGUUCUGCGUCUGAAUCGCGAGUCUCGAGAGAUCUGCAGCGAUUCGUCGAAGGAAGCUUCUUCCAAAAGCCUCCGCCGCCUCAAGACUACUCAGGCGAUGGAUUUUACAAGUUCCGAUCCGCUGAUUUCAGAUUGGAAUCAAAGCAAACGCCGCCUCCAGCAAAACAAUCGCAACCCGUCGCCAUUCAACGAAGGAGCUACUACAACGCUCAGGACUUCUUCCCUGAGCCAAAUCGGACGGGAUCUCGAUCUCUCUACGGCGAGAUCGAGAAGCGGUUAAGAAUGCGAGGGAUCGACGAACCGGCCAAAGAUUUAGAGACAUUAAAGCAAAUCCUAGAAGCUUUACAGCUCAAAGGGCUUCUCCAUUCAAACUCUAAAGCCUCAAAUCAGCAAAACGAUCGCCCUAUCGUCGUAAUGAAGCCGAUUCCGAGACCAGUAAGAAGAUCGGAGAGCGAGCCUUCGAGAUCAGCCGCCGGAAGAAGGAAUCCUGUACGAAGCCCGAGUCCGAGAUCCUCACCAGAUCCGAAUCCGAGAAGGAAACCGGGGAGCAAUCAUUUAAACGGGAGAAGUUCUCCUGUUAAUUCCUUGCCUCGAUCAAGUCCGAGGAGAACAUCGCCGGAUCUGGUCACCUCCCGAUCGCCGAGAAAUAGGGGAUCAGUAAAAGAGAGGGUGUGCUCACCGGCGGAGGACGAUACCGCUACUACGAUUUCUGAGAGCAGCAUCAGCUCAUUUGAUCUCGAGAGGACGAGGGUGGAGUAUAGAGCGGGUCGGAGUUUGUUAGAGAGAUGCGAUAAGCUGCUCCACAACAUAGCAGCAUUUACCUCCCCGGAGCAACUUACCGCGACUGACCAGCAACCGAGCCCAGUCUCGGUUCUAGACUCUUCCUAUCUUAACGAAGAGGGCUCGCCGUCUCCGGUCAAGAAGCGAUCCAUCGAGUUCAAAGAUCCGUUAGCGGAGUGGGAGGAAGAUUGGGUUACCGGGUCUAGACCAGAUUUCAUGCCCGAAUCCGAGUACGCGGAUUUCGCUUACGUGGCCAACGUUCUGCAAGCUUAUGACCGUUAUCCUGCCACGUCAUCCUCCGACGUGUUCCACUUCCUCGAGAAGCGUCGCAGCGCGACGGACUCAUUGAACGGGUCGACGCUCCACCGCCGCCUCCUCUUCGACGCCGUCAUUGAGAUUCUGGUCCGCAAGAGACACGUGUCACCCUGGGAGUCGUUCUCGCGUCGCCGUCCGCUGUCUGGAGGGGCGCAGCUGAUCAAGGACGUAACGUCAGCGGAGAUGUCGGAUGCGGUGCUGAACAUCGAGCGGCUGGUGUUUAAGGAUCUUGUGGUGGAGAUGAUUCGGGAUUUAGCGGAUCUGGAUAUUGUUGGUAAGAAGAUCCGAAACCCGCUUCCAAGGAGAAAGCUAUUGUUUUGAUAAAAAAAUGAAACAAAAUAAGACUUUCUUUAUCUAAGGGUAGUUUCUUAACGGUUGAGAUGGUGUUGUAACAAAAUUAACAGUUUUUUUAACGGUUGUGAUUGAGUAUAUUAAUGGAGGAGUUCAUUUUUCCGGA